AGAGGGCAUCAUCACAACACCGACACUCAGCUUCCUCUGCACGGAUAUCUCCAGAGAGGACAGCGGGGAGUCUAGAGGUUAAAUAUUAAUAAUACACAAAGCAGCGGCGAGACAUAAAAGCAGCCUCCAUCCUCCAGGAUCUCCAGGUGCCUGCCCGGUGCCCCACACAGCAGCAGCAGCAGCAGCGGGGAGGGGAGGUAGAGGAGGCCGACAGGAGGAGCACCAUGGAGGGGAUGCAGGCGUACGGAGCCGGGAAAGCUGGAGGAGCCUUCGACCCGGUCACCUUCUUCCAGCAGCCGCAGACCAUCCUCCGCAUCGUGUCCUGGGUCUUCUCCAUCGUGAUCUUCGGAUGCAUCGCCAACGAGGGCUACAUCAACCGCCCCAACGAGGUGGAGGAGUUCUGCAUCUUCAACCGGAACCAGAACGCCUGCAACUACGGCGUCUUCAUGGGCUCCAUGGCCUUCCUCUGCUGCUUGGCCUUCCUGGCUCUGGACGUCUACUUCCCCCAGAUCAGCAGCGUCAAGGACCGCAAGAAGGCCGUGCUGGCUGACGUCGGGCUGUCAGCGUUCUGGUCCUUCAUGUGGUUCGUGGGUUUCUGUUUCUUGGCCAAUCAGUGGCAGGUGAGCAAUCACGACGACAACCCUCUGAGGGAGGGGGGGGACGCCGCCCGGGCCGCCAUCACCUUCUCCUUCUUCUCCAUCUUCACCUGGGCGGGUCAGUCCUUCCUGGGCUACCAGAGGUACAAACUGGGGGCCGACUCCGCCCUCUUCUCCCAGGAAUACACGGACCCCAGCCAGGAUGCAGCCGGAGGCCCUUACACCUCCUUCGGGGGGGAGGACCUGGAGAGCCCCGUUGGAGGUGGGGGGGGGCCCGGCCAACAGCGAAGGGGCCUUUGACGGCAGCGGGGGGUACCAGCGUCAGGACUACUGAGGGAGAUAUAGUGAGGCGGGGUCUGGUGAAGUUACCCACAGUUCCUAACUCAGAAUCCAAAUGAAACGGCUCUUAAAAUAGACGGUAAAAAAACUCUCAAAUGUACAAAAACAAUGAGAAAUCUAAAAUGGUAAAGGAUACACACAUUGCUAACAACCAGUAGCAAGUAGUCACAUGACCGUAGCAUGGGGAGAUUUUUAAACACGGGUUGAAACACAGAAAAUGCUACUGGGCCAGAUCCGAACCCUGGUCCUUCCAAAGCCCAGUACACGGGCCAGCAGCUCUACCAACUGAUCUAUACAAGCCUUGAAUGUGGUGGUGUUGUGUCUCGAAGCAACAAGUAUGCAUUUAACUGGGCCAGACGUUUGUGGAUUUCACACCUUUGACAUGUCAGUGAUGUCAUAGGAGUCUGAAGGAUCUCUGAGGCAGAAACUGCAGGUCACUUUCCAGAUUUCAGGAGAGAAAAUAUGUGGGAAGAAUUGUGAGGCUUGCAGACAGACAGGUCAAUGCUGGUGACCACAUUGCCUUCAUCCUCCAGCAAAACGACUGCGAUCAGUGUUACACACACACACACACACACACACACACACACACACACACACACACAUUUUAGCACAGGUUUUCUCUGCAGAUUAAACUCCUUAAAGGUGCAUUACAGGAUCUCAAACAGUGGCAUAUCUGGCAACUAAUUCCCUCACCUGUAAAACGAGAGAGUGUGUGUGUGUCAUUUUUUUAACGUGUGGAUAUUAAAACGUGUGUGUUUUUGUCCUCUUGUUCCCCUGAAUAAUUUCUCGAUUGUUGCCUUAGUGCAGACUGCCAAGCAAAAUCCAAGGAUCACAGACGACAGAUUCCCAACGUGCACAGAAGUGGUUUUCCAUUCAGUCCUUAAGCACAUAACAAAAGCAGAACAGCAGAAGCAUCUCCAGAAACACACACAGGAAACAUAACACUUAUUUAUCCACUUUCUGCAAAUCUACACACGAUGCAAACAUCCCGAGUAUUUAUGAACAUGCAUUGCUCCAUUUUCUUAAAGAAUAAAGUAUAGCUAUCUCUAUAAAUACAUGUAAAUCUAUAAUUCUGCAUAUUUAGAGUGUUUGUAAAUGCUUCAUUUUAGGGCAUUAUGUUCUGUAUAAAAAGGUUCAAUCAAAAGACAAAAGAAAUGCGUUUUAUUGUGAUAAGCUUUCAGGGUCAGGAGAUGCUUUUAUUUUGAAAUAAUAAAAUGUGACCAAAUUACAGAAGUAUAUAUACACACAUAUGUACUUCAUACCGUACGACCGUGUAGACGUAGAGAUGUGUGACGCUCCUUUUGUGAAGUCCAUUUAAGGUUAGAUUAAGACACAGAUUGUGUACAAAUGUAUGUUUUGUUGUGAUUUCAACCAAUAAAAAUAAAGGAAAUACUGAUAAAGAAA